AUGAUUGAUGGCCUUGCUUUGGAAGUAGGAGAUGGUAGAUCCACCAGGUUCUGGGAGGAUACAUGGCUCCAAUGGAGGAGGGAACUACGCCAAUGGGAGACCGAUACAUUGGACCAGCUGCUGCAGAUCUUGCAAUCUGUCAGACUCAUAGCAGAUAUGCAAGAUAGAGUGGUGUGGAAAUUUGACAAGGAAGGAGUUUAUUCUACUAACUCAUUUGUGCAGGUAUUGCAGGAACAGACCUUGGAUGAGGAGCUUCACAACUAUAGGUUCACAAAAGAUAUUUGGAAAGGAAUAGUCCCACCUAGGGUUGAGCUGUUCACUUGGUUCGUGUUAGUAGGGAGGGUCAACAUAAAGGACCGGCUAUGCAGACUGGGAAUCCUACAACAGAAUGAUAACUUAUGUGUAUUGUGUAAGAAAGAUGUUGAGAAUAUACACCAUUUGUUUGUUGCUUGUGAGUUCUCUUGGCAGGUGUGGUGUGCGUGGAUCUCAACUUUUGGUCAGAGGUGGACUGCACCAGGUAACUUGAAAGAGCAUUUUGAGAGUUGGAGAUCCAUGCCAGUGAGGAAGGAGCGACGGAAGCAUUGGCUAGCUGGGUUUUUUUCUGUGCUGUGGAUUAUUUGGCUACGACGGAAUGAUGUCAUCUUCCAAAGUAAGACAACAGGGGUUGUAGACUGUGUGAAUCAGUCAUUUUCAUGUGUUACAGAGUGGUGUGGUUAA